ACAAUUUAACCAAUAGAAAAAUAGAAGAUAUAUUAUCAUUGGUCAUACAACAUUAAUUAUUAAUAAAUUUUACAUAGAAAACCGAAAACGACAUAUAAUUUGGAACAAAAAAAAUUCUCUAAAACGACUUAUAUUAAAAAACGGAGGGAGUAAGAAAUAUGACACGUUAGAACUAAUAAAUGACCCCUAUUGUUCUGUUAUUUCUCGAUUCAUAUUUUCAAGAAACAAAAAGAAGACAAUGACACUGAAAUCAAUAGUGAUUAAUUUCUUGUUUACCAAAAUAAUGAUAUUUGUUGAAUAGCACUAUCUAGCGGCUUGUGUGGUAGGUAUCUGUUGUAAAUUACUACCUAAUAUUACAUAUUUGUAUAAGAUUAUAUCUAUAAUGUUGCCCAAAAAAAAGAUAUAAUCUUUUUUUUUGAACAAAUAAAAAAAAGAUUAUAGGGAAAUUGGGGCCUGUAACCAUGAAAAAAACGUUAGUUAGAGGACUAGCGCUUUACCCUAACGGAUCGAUACACGCUGUGAUAUAUACCUAAUAUUACUGUAAGACCCUCUUUAAUUUACCGGCUCACCUGCUAUGAAAAAAAAUGAAAAAUCAUUUUUUUUAACCCCUAAGUAAAUUGUGUCUCUUCCCUUUCCACACAACCUCCAUACCCACUUUCUUCAUCUACGGUUCUUCCCCUUCCAUACGCUUCUCUCGCAAAUCUCCUUCACCCGCUCGCCUCCGUCUCCGUCGUUCUCGCUUCAGAUCGUCUCCGUCUUCUAUUUUGCUUCUCGGUUCUCUCCAUCUUCGCUAACGCAUUACAGUGUCGGUGGAGCCAAGUAAAACCGCCGGUGUCUUCAACUUCAUAUCGCCGCGGGGCUCUCAAUUCUCUGUCACGACCGUAAGUUCUUGCCUCCUUAUGCUUCUUCUCUGUUUCUCUGUUUUGAUUAUUCUAUCUCGUCAAAAUUAAGGUUUUUACUAGUUCUCUGUAUCAUCGUGAAGGAACCAAUAACAGAUCGUAUGAAGCUGUUUAUACUACUAUUGCUCGGAAUUAUCCAUUUCAAAUGAUAUAGUAUUCGGGAAUCACUCAACCAUUUUUUGUAGUAUACUAUAUCCUGUCAUAUCAUGGUAUGUAUUUUCAUUUUAGGUUUCCACUUCGAAUGACAUAGUAAUCAGGAAUCACUCACCCAUGAUAUUUAGUAAACUAUAAGUUUGCAAUUGCUUGAUUUGCUACCGGUGAUUCUGUGUUGUUUGAGUAGUAUGCGCAUGUUCAAAAGAAUUGGCCUCAACCAUUAUGUGUAGUUUUGGUGUGGUUUGAUUAGUAAGUUCGUCAUGUCCGUUUUGUUGUUCAUUUAAUUAACAGGUGGAAUAGAAUUCAGCUACACUAACAAGACAAAUAGUAUACAUGUCAAAUUAUUCCAUUUCAUCUCAAAUAGUAAAGCUCCUAAUACUAUUUUCCAUUCUUCUAUCGGUUCACCAUCCUCCUAGUCUUUCAUAUGUACUUGUUUUCAUUAAUUUUUGUUAAGUGUUUAAUGUCAUGUGUAGGUUUACCACUCUCCCAUUAGAUUUGUAUCCAAGUGACGUAUACAGUAUAUGGAAUGGAAAAUGUCCACCAGAAUAUACAUGUCACUACAAGCUUUGUAUAUAAGUUUACCAUAGAUUUCGCUUCCCUGUGCUGGAUUGGGGUUUAUAUUUUCCUAUCUUGGGUUUAGUAUUUGAUGUCAAGUGUUCUAUUAUCAUACCCCCUAUCUUUCUAUUUGAUUUUGCUCAUGAAGCGUCUACAUACAUAUGUCCCCUAUUAUGCCAGGCGAGUUUUAUUCAAAAAGGUUUGGGUUCCAUUAACUAGGUUUUGGGGUUUACAUUCCCCUAACUUGGCUUUAGUGUUUACUCUCAAGUAUAGUUUUAACACUCCCUCGUAAUGAAGCAUCUAAAUACAUAUGUCCCCUAUUAUGCCAUGUGGGUUUAAUUACAAAAAGGUUUUGGUUCCGUUUACUAUGUCUUGGGGUUUAUAUUCCCCCAACUUGGGUUUAGUGAUUACUCUCAAGCGUAGUUUUAACAGGCCCUCAUUAAAUUUGUUUCCACCUAACAUAGUAUACUGUAAAUUGAAUGGAAUGAAUAUAAAACUAUAUAACUAUCAGAAUAGGAUUUGGGGUUUAUAUUUCCCCUAACUUGGGUUUAGUGAUUACUUUGUCCCCUAUUAUGCCAAGUGGGUUUAAUUAGAAAAAUGUUUGGGUUCCGUUUACUAUGUCUUGGGGUUUAUAUUCCCCUAACUUGGGUUUAGUGAUUACUCUCAAGCCUAGUUUUAACAAGCCCUCAUUAAACUUGUUUCCACCUCACAUAGUAUACUGUAUGUGGAAUGUAAUGAAUAUAAAACUAUAUAACUAUUUUGGAUGGCAGAAGAAAGCUUUGAUUGAAGUUAGAAACGAAAUUUGGGAGAAAAACAAAAUUAUUGCACAAUUGAAGAAGACAAUUGCUGAGCUUAGUAGUGAUUUGGUCAAGAAAGAAGAGAUAGAAGAAGACAUAAUUAACUGCUUUCUUAAGAUGUAAUGAUCUUAUUGUAAUGUUUAAGCGAUAUUAUUGUAGUGCUUACGACAUGUCUUGGUCGGGACUUCUUUGUAGUUCCUAUAAUAUCGACUAGUUUUUAAUUGAAGAAAUCAUGUUUCCUUUGUCGUAGGGUGAAGGUGAAUGCAAAGCUCCUUUAACUUUGUAUAUAAUCUAGCUCAUUAGGAAUGUAAAUACAAGUCUCCCAUCUCCAUUAUAUUAUUUAGAUAUAUGUAUAUAUGAUAUACUAUACAGUUACUAUUUGAUUAACAUAGCUUAUAUAAGGUUGAAUUGUAGUUCGGAUCGAAUAUAAAUGAUUAAGUGAUAGAAAUGUACAUAACAUACACUAUACUAUGUGGAAUAUAACUACCUUCUAUUGCAAAUUUAUUGCACUAACUACAUCAUCACAGACGAGCUGUAACCCACAAUUGCAAAUUUAUUGCACUAACGACAUCAUCACCUUUCCCCAACCGCACACUUCACCGUCUUCGGUUGUGAUUAUUUUAGUAAAUAUAAACUGAUCUAUAUCCGAUAGAAUGGAAAAUAUUCUCAUAUGACAUGGCGGUGACAAACUUUAAACUAUUGUUAUACUAUGUGUAUUCUAUUUGAAGUGGAACUAUUUCUAUAUUUUGGCAUCAGCAUUACGAUCCAUGCAUUCUCUGUUUGUAACGUUCUUUCUUUUACACUUCUGUUUUUUUUAUAUUUUCAUCUCUCUAGAAUGUUUUCCUUCCUUUCAUUUUUAUUUCAGGCGUUGCCAAAAUACUCUCAUUGUUACUAUGGGUCAGUAAAUCACCACGUCGUUUACUUUAGUUAAAGGAACUAGGAACAUGUUCUCUACAAGGGUAUAACCGGCUAGUAAGAUGGUAAAAAGACAGUGAGUACAUUAUGUCAACAUCAUGGCUACUCUCUUAAUUUCCAUCUCAAAUAUGGCUAUUGCUGCAAUAAGCCCAAGAUUAUAUCUAUAGUAGCAUCCUAACAUAGAAAAAUUCAGACAAGUGCGUCUUUUUCUCUCGUACUUCCGUUACUCUGUUAAUUUGGAGAGACUUGGAACUAUAUAUUAUCUAUAUUACCUAGAAUCAAAAGUGGAUAUGCAGAAUUAGAAUUUCGUUACUCUGUUAACUUAGAGAGACUUAGAACUAUAUAUUAUCUAUAUUACCUGGAAUCGGAAUUGGAUAUGCAGAAUCAGAAUUGUAUAAAAAUGUAAAAAUGACUUUUUUAAAAAAAUUAGGAAGUUCGUAUAUAUAUAUAUAUAUAUAAUGUAUGACUAAGAAUUAUAUGAUCAAAUUAAAAAUAAAGCAUUUAUUCAUUUACAAUAACAAAAUUGUGAAAAUACAAAUAAGUUUAUAAACAAUCGUCUUUCGUCGUUCACAUGGAUGCAGAGUUACCGAUUUGGUUUACAGAGUCAAUAUGAAUCUGUGAAUGUCUUGUUGUAAAAAAAACAAAUAAGUUUAUAAAUAUAUUAAAUAUUUUUAAUUUUUAUAAAUAAUUGACACAAUAUAUUUGAAUAUAUAUGUUAUAUUUCUAAUAAAAAAAUUAAUGCAUAAAGACAAUUUAUAGUAUUAGUUUUAGUUUUAGAAUUCAUAUAUUUCAAAUCUCGCUUUCAAUACUAUGAAAUUUUAGAUUUUAUGUAAAAACAUGAUUUUAUAUUUUAUUAUUUAAUUAUUUAUGAUAUAUUUUUUAAGUAAACGGAAGCGUAAUUCUCAAACAGAAUCGUAAGUUUAUAAUAUUUUUUUCAAUAAGUUAUUUUAGAAACAUUUUGGAAGCGUAAGAUUGCAUAAAAUUCUGAUUUCGAUCUUCUAAAGCGGAAAGCGGACAUCUGAUGAAGUUUCUGUGCAACCUAAUAUAUUAUAGACGCUAUAUUAUAUACUAGCGUGUAUGAUAACAAUUCAGAAUGUUAAAUUUAGUGACCGAAAGAAAUUAAGUUGGAUUUUAACACACACAAAAUAAUUAUGAUGGCCAUCCUGUAUCUACUUUGGGUUUCUGAUAUAUAAUUAAAUAUUAAAAGUAUAGUUGAAACAUGGAAUCUUGAAGGGAGUGAAAUGCACAUGCAAGCUAGGAAUUUAUGUGAAACAUUAGUUAAAUUUGAACUAUCGCUCAUCUCUGAGCAUCUUGUCGGUCCAUUUCAUUCGCUGUAAUUAUAUAGAUGGUAUACAUACAUACAUCAUAUACAUAUGUAUGUGUUAAGAACUAAGAGAUAUUUGUACAAUUUAAACAAAAGUAAAACCAAUCACUCAACAGAUGUACGUAGUUGAAGUUAUAGAUAUAAAGAUUCUAGAUGUUCUCACAAUAUUCUUUUUAUAAAAUGAUGCAAAUAAAAUUAACAAGAAGAUUAAGUUGUAAACAUUAUAUAAUAUGAUUGGGAUUUGCUAUAUUAUACCUUCUUUGGCAUCAAUUGUACCCUUUUAAUUACACUUGUACUAGUUUAAUUAUAAGGUACUGGAUAGGUGACUGUCUAGAUCCAACUUCUCGAUUGAAUAUUUGAUUACAUAUUUAAGAAAGGGGAACUGAACAAAACAAAAAGAAAAUGGGAAAUGAUUUUUAAAAUUAAGAUCAUGGGUCACGCAUCAUUAGGUCAAGAAGAUUAUAUAUUAAGAUAUAACACCACAGUUCAAGUCACAUGCCUUAGCAACAUCAAAAUAUUAAAUAUAUAUAUCAAUAGAUGUGUAGAGAGGUGGUCAUGUGCGUCUAUCAACAGAUUUACAAGAUUUUAAAUAGUAGUAAUGUGAAGGAAAGCAUUUCGACAACAUGGUUUUAUUCUGUAGGUAAUUGAUUAUGGAAUAGUGUGUACUCUAAUUACCGUAAACUGCACUUGAUAAAUGGUGAUAUUACUCAUUACUUAAUUGACGACAUGUAUACCACAGUUCAAGUCACAUGCCUUAGUAUGCAUAUUUUCUUGUACAUUAUUGACACAACAUAUAUUCUUUCUUUUUAAAAGUUACAUCAGUGGUAACAAGUUUCUUUCUCGUGAAAAUACUAGCAUUAAGAAGUUUACUUCAUUAUUAUGUGCUUUUUGCGGCAUGGUCAAAAAUAUAUUUAACAUCCCUAAUUGAAGAAUAUUUCGUUGAUUAUAAGUGUAUAAGUGGCUCCCUAUUUUGUCAAACUUUGGUUAGUAAAUAUAUAAGAAUUAUUUAAUUAUUUUUAAAUAUAUUUUAUACAUAUAUAUCUAAGUGAAGAACAUGCGUGAGAAGAGUUAAACCAAAAAACGAUACAAAGAGGAGAAAGGGGAAACCAAUAAAACCAAAAACCAACAAACAAGAGGAAAGUGAAAAGACAACAAAAGAUUCAAGAGAAAAGACAAGCAACUAACUGUAUUUUCCAAACUUGUGAAAUAUAUAUUUCUUCACAUUUUUGUAUUAAAUUAUUUGAUAAAUGUUAAUAGUUAAUACUAUCAUCAAAUGGUCCCUAUGUUUCUUUUCCAGUUUACAGUGACUUGGUUUAAUAAUCUGAAUUUUUAUGUAACUUGAUAGCUAACCCAUGUUUCGAAACUUUUGAAAACGAACAUUUUCUUGAAAUAAUAAAAAACUCAUAAAAUGAAGUUAACAAUUAUUAAAAAUAAAUAUCAAAUAUAAUGAAUAACCAUCAAUCGUCUCCAGAUUAACACUGUUGUCUUAUUGUGUAUGACAUAUAAACAAGUGUUGAACAAAAAUUAUAUUAGCUUAUAUUCUUAUAUUCCUGAGAGAGUAAAUUGAGUGAACAGUUAUUAUAACGUGAAAAGCUAUAUAUGGUUUAUGCAAUUCACCAUUUUUAAAAUUUUUACACAAUAAUAUUUUAAAAACUUCAUAAUCCAUUAAAGUUUGAGAAAAUCUUUACCACGUAUCAUUAUUCAAAACAGUCUUAGACAAUUAAUGACUGUUAUCAAGCAACUUCCCAUUAUAUAUAUUUUAUGUUGAUCAUUUUGGUAAAAUAUUCAUAAAUCUAUACGUUUUUAUUAGAAGAAUUAUUUUAAAUUUGUUUUGUUAUAAUGUUUUUGAGUUUCAAGCAGUGUUUUCAUAUUUUAUCCAGACUCGUAGUCGAACCAAAUAAACCCGACGAUCUUUAUAUGACUGUGUAUAGAAUGUGUUAAAAUAUAUAUUUUGUUAAUAUUAUUAUACAUAUAUGAGAAUCAAAAUAUAAUAAUUUGUAUAUUUAGACUUUUACUUUAUUAUUUUUAAAUAAUUCUAAUAUUUUAAUUUAUUCAAUUAUAUAUCUUAAUCUGUGUAUGUGAGUUGGUUCACAUUAUUAUAUAUCUAUAAAGUGGUUUACGUUUUGUAUUCACAUUAUUAUAUAAUGGUCGACGAUUUUAACUGAAUACUAGAUUCUGACCCGCCCUAAAGGGCAGAGAUUGAUUUGUCAAAUUUUAAUUUUAAUAUAUAUUAUAUAUAAUAUGUGCAUAUAAUAUUAUAUAUUUUUGUGUACUAUAUAUAUAUAUAUAUAUAUAUAUUUGUUUGAGUUUUUUGAUAAAUUUUGUAUUCAAGAUAGUUAUAGUAGAUUUGAUCAAAUCUAAUAUUAUUAUGAAUUAAAUAAUGAUAUGAUGAUCCACGUUCUUAUAGUAGAUUUGAUCAAAGUUAAUUUAAAAAUAUAAAUAUGGGUUCAUAUAAAUUAUGAUUUGAUCAAAUCAAAUAUAUCUUCGUAUCUAGAUGAUAAUCCACAUUUAUAUAUCACCUUUACAUACUGUGAUAUGAUGCAGGUGAAAAGUAAAUAUAUGAAGGUAAAGUUAUAUGAACAUAAGCAUACACGGUCUUUGUAUUGAAGAGACAUUAUAAAUGAGUCGGACAUUUUUUCUCUUAUGUUUGGAAUGAUUUGGAACUCGUUGAUUUAAGAGUGGUUCAGUUUUUUAUGAUCUAAUUAUAUUAAGAGAUAACCAAAAAUAUUUUAAUUAUGUUAUUGGUUAAGUUCAAUCUUUCUAGGUUGGUAAAGAUUUGGUUUAAUUUAAGUUGAUAGGUUGCAUUUUAUAGGAGAAGUGAUAUAUUCUAGUAACAAUUAUGAAAGAGCCCAAAAUCUAAAUGACAACUUCAAGUAGUAGAUAAAAACCAAUCCCUAAAUUAAUAGAUUAGAUACAUCUUUCCAAACGUGACUAAACUAUUAAGAAGCAUUAAUUUAACCAAAACAGGAAAAGAGAGAAUAGUGAAAAAAAUAAUUAAAACAAUUCAAAUAAAGAAAUGGCAUAUCAUUAUAAAUAAUUCUAAAACUAAGGGUAAAAUCCUAUUAAAAAUUCUGUUUUAAUAGUAUAGAUGUUACCCUAGUUAAAAUAUCACUUUUUUUUGAAUAUUAUUAAUUAGGUUUUCUAAAUGAAAAUGAAAAUUAAUUCAUCUCAAAAAUUUCACAAUGAGGGGUAAUGAUUUUUAUUACAGUGAAGGGUGAUGUUUUGUAUUACUUUCAACAAAGUUAUUAGUGAUGAUAACAUCUAUCUAUCUCUAUAUAUAACUAAACUCUAUUUUUUUCUUAUGACAUGUGGAAAGAUGAUUUGUUGACAUGUGUCCACAUAUUUGUUUUGAAUUUUAGGUCAUUUUUUUAGAUUAUUGCAAUUUGGCCCAUCAUUUUCUAAUAAUGCACUAUCUAAUUCUUUUCGCACUAAUUAUCAUUGUUUGAAAAUCUAUUUUGUUAGUCCUAAAUUUCAAGAAAUACGUAAAAGAAUCUAUAUAUAGAAAGUAGACUUUAUUCUCUUCUUAUGACAUGUGAAAAGGAGAUUUGUUGAUGUGUGUCCAUAUAUUUUUUUUUUGUAUUUUAGGUCAUUCUUUUUUUUAGAUUAUUAUAAUUUGGCCCAUCACUUUCUAAUAAUGCACUAUCUAAUUCUUCUCACACUAAUUAUCAUCAUAGUUCGAGAAUCUAUUUUAUUGGACACUAAAAUUCAAGAAAUAAGUAAAAUAAUAUAAAUAUAAUUUAAAUAUGCAAUUUAUUCACAACUAAAAAUAGCAUAAACUUUCACCAUUUUAUUAUUUUUCUAUUUCUAUUAUUUUAUUUACAAAUUAUAUAUUUAUUUUACUAUUAAAAUUAUAAAAUAACCAAACUAAGAAUAAGAAACUAGAGCACAACACAAAAUUUAAACCUAAAACCUCCACAAUCAUAAUGUUAUAGUAACACUAAUUCAAUAGAAGUCCGGAGCUGAAAAGAGAUCAAAACCGAGUACUAACUUACCUCAUUUCACCAUGAAGUGCCUUGGCCAAAACAAGUAGAGAUCAAAAAAGGAUAGAAAGAUAAAUCUGAAACAAAGCAAUCCCCUAAAUAUUGAGAAUCGCGAUUAAGCAUCAACGCAAAGAACCAAGAAAGCAGGCCAGAGAGAGCAUAAUAAUCGGAAGGCCAAAGUCACCAAGAACCAGGAAGAUACAUGCCUAAAGCACCGGAAGCACAACCACUAGCUAAAAGGUAAGAAACACCUCAAAAACUAAACAAGAACAGACAAAACACUCAUGAAAAUGAAGAACCACAAAGCUCUGGAUAGAAGGGACCAAAGCUCCAAGAGAUUAACUCCGCAUACUUAUAACAAGAGAAACAGGGGAAGAAGAAAAAUAACACGAGGGAGGGAUAAUAGAAGCCAAUCACCGAGAAAUCAUAGACUAAGCUUGAGACCAUAAACAAACUUCCAAGCCCACACAGCAUACACGAACGAAAACAUUAUCCAGGAGUGGAAACAUGGUGAAAGGGAGAACUACCAAAGAUGCGAGCAGCGAUAAAAGCUGCAACGAGAUAACGAGAUGAAAGAAUAUAGAGGAAAAGAGAGACGAAACAAAAUCAGCAAACUAUGGAGCUGUAUUAGAACUAUGAAAGAAAGUAUAUAAUUCAAAUCACCAAAAACUAGAUCUUGAAAACCAAGAUGAGCAAAGACUAUUGAUGGUAAGCCAACGACAAGGAAGACAACAUCAAAUAUGACUAAGAUCUGAUCCAACCCAAGGAGAUGCAGUUCCUAAUAGGCAUGGGCGUUUGGGUCACCGUUCGGGUUCGGGUGCUUCCGGUUUUUGGAUGGAGAGCUACAGAAUCCGUUCGGGUUAUUUUAUACUUCGGAUCGAGUUCGGGGUUUUAAGGUUCGGGUUCGGGUAUAACCCGAACUGUGUAACAAAUAAUAAAAAAAUCUAUGUAUCCUUGAUUUGACUUUGUGAGACCAGAAACAAUAUUGUUGAAGUUAAAACAUUGAACAACUUAAUAUAAAAAAAUAUGAUCUUUUGAUUUGUUUGUACGUUGAGGAACACGAGCCUGUAUUCUUUUUCUUCUUGUAAUUUCUAUUUGUAUUAUUUUGAAUAGAUAAUGGUAAAGAAUCCAUCUAUGCAUAAAUCAAAAUAAAAUAGACAUCAAAAUCAAACAUAAAUCAAACCUAGAUAAUCAUGAAUGUUUGAGCUCAUGCAUGUGUAAAGAGUAAAGAGAAAACAAAUCACAAAUCCUACUUGUAAUCAAACAUAAAUCAAAAUCGCCAAGUAUAGUGAUUCAUACAUGUGAUCGGUCAUAAAAUGAGUUUAAAUAUGUACUGAACAUAUACGUUGAAGAAGGAGAAGACGAAAACAUGAAUGAGAAUAGAAGAUGUAAGUUUAGGGUUAGUAAUAUAUAUAUUCAGGUACUUCGGGUAAUUGGUUCGGGUAUCAGAUAUAACCAAUCGGGUACGAAUAUCCAGACUGGUUGAAUCCUAAACCCAUUCGGGAUUUUUUAACUUUGGUUUUCGGUUCGGAUAUUUCGGGUCGGUUCGGGUUUGGGUUCGGAUUUUGGUUAAUAUGCCUACGUCUAGUUCCUAACAUCAGCCAAAAUCUAAGGAAGAAGAGGAACAUCCAAUAUUGAGUGGAAUAGCCUACAACGACGUGAGAAACAACCGUACAACUGACAACUUUUAAAUCCGAUCUACAACAAAUUACAUAUAAUUUCACCGGCGAAGAAGGCAAGGAAGAACAAAAGCAAGAAGUGAAUCUUUUUCCGGUGAUGGUGAGAAGCACCGCACACCAGAAAGAUAAAUGAAUAUUUAGAUGGUGACGGCUCAAUAUCAAAAUAUGGAGAUAGAGAAAAAAAUCUUAAAAGUUAUAAUGUUCAAAAAUAUAAAAAAAUAUAUAUAAUUUUGACGCUGAAACCGUAAAUUUUGGAAUCAACAAAUGUCUAAAUGCAAAGUUAUUGAAACUCAAUAUGCUUUUACAUUAUAGGUUCACCUCACUGCUAACAAGUACUAUACAUACAACAACACAUUAUUGAAAAAAAAAACAUAAAAUGUAUUAGCCUAUCACCUAGUACUACAUAACACACUGAAACACUGAAUAAUGUUCUUAACAAAUAAAAACAACUACAUAAUUACAUCAUCCAAAAAAUCAUACUCUUAACAACAAUAAAAUAAUAUUCCGCGUGAAGCGGGGACAUGCUCCUAAUUUAAGUUUCUUUAAAAGAUAUAGACUUGAUUAUGAGUCAUAUGACAGUUGAACAAGAUCUAGAUCUAUAACACGUUUCGAUUAGGUCAGAGAUUCCACCACAUGAUGAUAGACCAAUACAAAAUACAUCAUAUAUUGAAUUUAGGAUAAACAUUAGUUAAAACUACGGUUAAAAUUACACAUGUUUUGGCAACAAAACAUAAAUCUUUACCUUGUACUAGUUUGGUUGAGUCCCUAAAACAAUAGUUAUGGCAUAUAUAUAAUUUCAUUCAGUAUUGUGCCUCGAAACAAUAGUUAUAGCUAGAGUUGAUACGUAUUACAAUUCCACAAAAGUUUGAAACUAUAAAUUCAUAUAAGUAAAAUUGUCUAGGGCCUUAAACCGAUAUUUAUUGUAUAAUUGUAUGUAUGUACGUGUCUCUGUAUGUGGAAUCUUGGAUUGAAUUAAGCUUUGUUUAGUGGUAAAUCAGCACUAAGUGAGUGUUAGAAAUUAACAAAGGUGGCAUCUGAUCUAUGACUAGUAUGGGCGAUUUUUGCUUAAAAAUAAGUACAAGCAUUUGUCUGUAUUAGUUUCAUAAAAUUAUAAAUUAAAUGGUCCAUUGUGGGGUAUUUUAUAGCAGAAGCAGUCCAAGAAUGUAGUGGCAGAAGCACAGUGCGAAAAGAAGUGGGCAUCGAUCUAAACUAUUUAUUUAUUUAUCAUUUAUUUGUUAAUUAGGUUUGUCGAUCCAAUGAAUAUAAUAUAUAUAAUGGUUGAUAAUGAUAAGGCUAUAUAUAUCUAAGGAUGAUGAAGGUGGUCAUGUUUAUAGAACUCCAUUGGUUGCAAGUUGUAACUAACUACACACAUACGACUAUGAAUCCCCUGCCGUGAGAAAAUUCUAUUAUGACUUUUUUUUUAAUGAAUGUCAAAUUUACUCGAAUAAAAAAAUAUUUGUACAGUAAAUGUGUUUUUUAUCUAAAAACUUGGAUGCUUUAGAAAAUAAUUUGUACGUGUGGAUGAGUCAGAAAUAUAGAGACGAAAGUAAAUGAUACACUGAAUUUGUUAUCAGGAUUCAUUUUCUACGUCCCCGGAACUUUGUCCAGAUUUCAUUGAUACUAGAACAAGAAUGCAAAUACAUCAUUAUUUGCUAACAUAUACAUCAGACACAAACUUCAUGACACACUCUUUUCUAGAUAGAUAUCUAUGAAGAUUAAGAAUCAAGCACGCAUGCAUAGAUCUCAUCCGGCCGCACCAGAGCUCACUGUCUUCACACAGCUGCAAUCCUUUCAGACCUCCUCAAUAAAACCAUCUUUGCUAAACUCCCUCUGAGUCAAGGCUUCAACCUUCCACCUCUCAGAAGGUACAUCACCAUGUACUUCACCAAGUACGUCACCGAAUACUUCAGCAAGUACGUCACCGAAUAUGUCAACACCAGACGCACACCACAUAUACCAACAAGCAUGUCACACCAAUGCACAGCUUGGUCACCACACCUCAACGGACACACCAAAAUGCUUAAUCACCCAAGCACACACAAAGCUCACAACAGCUAUACAUGAUGGCUAACUCCACCACAUAAAGCGCCAACUCCAAUGCCACCAAACUAAGUCCACAUCAGACUCUAUCGGACACUACGUCAGACCGUAGGUCAACACUCAACACUUAAUGAAACUCUCUCUCUCUUUUAACUUAAUCUUUGGGUGCUCUUUUUCUCAUAAGGACACGUCCCUCAUAUAUAAACCGUAGACUUGCUCUCCAAAUUCAUUAAAUGCACCUUAAUGAACUUCCAUUUCCAUAUAAAGAAACUUCUUAUUCUUCUCCAAGUAACACUUCUUCUCCAAGCAAAACCUCUUUGCUUAAUGGAAAACGUCAUUUGUCUUCAACAAAAUAUAUAUUUUCUUUCCUUUUCCAAUCUCCACUUACAUACACAAUCACCUUAGACAAUCUUCUUGUAAGCAACUUCUCCACUCGACGUCUUGCCGUACGUCUUGACAUACGUCUUUACAUACAUCUUGAGUGUACAUCUCGAACUACAUCAGAACCUCUCUGGAAAUAUCAUCUACAUAAUUGACCAAAAAAACUAUUGCAGGGAAUUUGCCCAUAUGCGAGAUUAUCUUGUGGCGAAUCAAAACCUUGUUGCAUUCUCAUAUCGUUCAUGCAGUUUCCUUUUGAACGAGUCGAUGUGAUUUCUGAUAUACUUAUCAAUAAGAGCUACCAACAUGGUUGGAUCAUGCAUGGUUCCCCAUGACGUUGGCUAUUUCUUUCACGCCACAACGAAUGCAAAAGAAGAAAUAAAAUCCUAUUGUCUACAUGCCGACAAAAAUAUCAAAUUAGUAAUAAAAAUUGAGAAAAUAAAUGAAUUGAAUAAGUGAUUCUAGUUUAUUGUAUUAUAUGUAAGGUUAGUGUUUAGAAAAUCUAGAUUAUUACUAUUUUCACACAAAAUGCUAUUAAUUCCCUUAAAUACUAUUUUCAGGUCUCAUUUUCUAAAACUUCCAAUACAGCUUAAAAGUAACAAAAACAAAAUUAGUAGGAAUUAAUAACUGUGAAUUAUAUUUACCUAGUUAUACAUCUGUAGAACAAAUUUCCUAAACCAUUAAUUGUAAACCUUUUACAUAGUAUUUUACCAUUUGUAAAAUUUCUUAUAACCUUCUUGAUAUUUCUAAAAAAAGUAUGGUAUAGUAUGUUUUUCGACAAAAGGAUGCUUCUAUAACUUCUUAAUAAAACUUAUAAAAGAAAUUUCCACUGUUUUAUUUUAUUAGCGAAAUCUCGUUGUCGUGACAUAUUACGUAUACUCAAUAUACAAGUUUCACUCAUAAAUCAGAGGUCAUACAUAUAUACAUUUGGCUAAAAUCAAAAUCCUAUUUAUAUGGUACAUCAUCUAUGUACUUGGGUUAAAUUCUCCGAUAAAGAUUAUGAACCAGACACAUAUAGGUUUGAAUAUGAGAUAUUAGUCAAUAUGACAUAUAGGAUGAUGUACAUAUAUAUAGUAGAUAUUAAUAGAUGAACUAAUUGAUUACUACUUUGGAGCAUCUCCAUAUCAAGUGUGAAACCUAUUAGACCAUGCACAACGGGAGUACACGACGAAGCCUUAGCACGAAAACUUAGGUAAAACCGAAUAGAAUAAUAUUAUUUAGGUUAAUCGACAUAAGGAUUGGUCCGUGGCCAAGGCUUUUAAGAGAUUGAUCCUUAGCAACGUGUCAACUCCUGAGUGGGACGGGGUCGGUUUGAUUUUCGGUUUGGUUUAAAAAAAAAGUUCAUUCUCGACGGACACCGAAAAAAAAAAAGGAGAGCUCGAGGGAAGGCGAUAUUUGCCGUUUGAAAUCGAUCGUCUUCACGAAGGUAAAUCGAAGCGUUAACCUGUAUUUUUGAUCUUUUUAGCUUAGUUUUCAUGUAGAUUCGUCUUAUUUUAGUGGUUCGGGGAUGCGUUUGAAUCGAUUUGGGUUUCGAUUGAAAUUAGGGUUUUAAAAAAAUUUGGGGUUUAAUCGAUUUGGGGUUUAUAUCCAGUAUGGGGGUUUGUAUAAAGAGUUUUGACAUGAUUUCGGUUUCAAUCUGAAGCGGAUUUGUAUCUUAUUUCUUAAACGGUUUCGAAAUGAAAUAUGUUUUCAACUGAAGAGGAUUUUAUCUUUUUUCUCGAACCAGGUUUCUCAACCUUUUAGGUUUCAAACUAAGAGAAAACAAAAUAGGGUGAGAUUAAUGAGAGUGUGUCUGCCAAAAGUGUCGGUUGAAUAUGUCGUUGCUCUAAUCUGAAGAGAAAACAACCGGUCGUCUUUGUUUUUGGUUCCUUUUUAUUCAUCUGCUUUCCAUUGUUGUUGUAUAUGUCGUUGCUCUAAUUAUGUUGUUUUAAAUUCCAUAAUUUUUUUUUGUAUCUAACUCUCUUUGUUAAUCAUUUGUCUCAGGUUAACCAAAUGGGACAAGAUUACAGCUAUUCUCAGCCUUCUUCAUCAUCAAACUCGAUAGACAUGAGCUCCCUUCUUGAAGCUGAAGCUAAGAUGUACGCGGAUGAAGCUGAGAGUCCCUUCUGCAACGCAGAGCCGGAUCAGUUCGCACCUCAACCAGAGGCUGAUGAUGGCAUCCCUACGGCUUGCUACUGCGGUGCGCAGCCUGUUGUGAAAUGCUCUUACACACCUAAGGAUCCAUACCGAAGAUACUUCUCGUGCCCCAAUGUCGAUGAUGGGGGCUGCCACAUAUGGAAAUGGUGGGAUGUGGCUUUAACGGAGGAGCUCAGUGAGGUUCAUAGACAUGUCAGACAGCUGAAGGAUCAAGCUUUUGAGUGUGACCAGAAGCUGCUUAAGCUACAGAAGACGGUGUGUGAGGUGAAGAAGAAAUCUGAGCAUACAAAUGUGGUUGCAUUGGGAGUUUGUGUACUGCUGUCGGCAAUAGUAUUCAUAGGUUUGGCUGCUGUGUACCUGAGUGGAAGAGCGUCCAAGAAGUAAACUAGAUCAACUAGUGAAGCUCAAGAGUGUCUGUUUAAUCAAGGUACGAUUCCCGACCCUCUUUUGUAUUGAUUGUCCCUGCGCAUCAACUAGUAAAGUUCAGUGCUUUAAAAUAUUAUUGUUAGUAUUGAUUGUCCCUGCGCAUAAAUGCACUCUUUUGUAUUGAUUGUUUCAUUUCUACCUUCCUACCGCCUCUGAUAUGAUUGUUUUUAAUGUUUUAGUACUUUGCAAAAGGGUGUUAUAGUUUGAAUUGAUAGUUUUUAAUGUUUUAGUACUUUGCAAAAGGGUGUUAGAGUUUGAAUUGAUAGUUUUUAAUGUUUUACGCCUUCUACCUUACUAACUGCUCGUUUUUAUUGGCCUUAAAUGCAACUAGGUUAGCUCAAUGUUUAAACUCGUCUACUUAAGUCUCUCUGUUGGUAUUAGAGUGACAUAUACCGAUAUUGCAAAUGGAAAAUAAUACACCUUAUAUGAAUCUACUCUUUAGUCAAACUCAGACACCCGUGGACCUUGAUUCACCCGAACCUUUAUGGUUCGGUAGCCAAGGUCCUAGGGAGUCUGUUGUCCCUCCUGUAGUCGAGCCUGUAGUCGAGUCUGGUGGUGAGUCUGGUCUGAGGAGGAAGUGGACUUCGAUGGAGGAUAAGAUCCUUAUUGGUGCUUGGCUUAACACCAGUAAGGAUCCUAUCAUCAGCAAUGAGCAGAAAGCUGGUUCUUUCUGGAGGCGGAUUGUAGAUUACUACAAUGCAAGUCCGCAGCUGGUUGGGACCGUACCGAGAGAGCUAGGUUCCUGCAAGCAGAGGUGGGGGAGGAUCAACACAGAAGUAUCCAAGUUUACAGGAUGCUAUGAUGCGGCUUUGAGGGAGCAGAGAAGUGGCCAAAAUGACGAUGAUGUGAUGAAGGCGGCGUUGGAAAUUUUCUUCAAAACUACCGACUCCAAGUUCAGCAUGGAUCACUGCUGGAGGGAGCUUAGGCAUGACCAAAAGUGGUGCUCUGUCUACGGGCCGAAGGAGGGUGGAAAGGAAAAGCGUAAACAAGUGAUUGACGUUGAUAGAGAAGAAGAGGCAGCUCUCGAACCAGAAGGUCGACCUCCCGGGGUUAAGGCUGCCAAAGCUGGUCUCAAGAAGAAGAAAAGUGGUAGAGAGGAGGAGCUGGGGAAGCUUCAGGGGGUUUUAGAAGUCAAAGAAAAAUUAUCUAGAGCUAAGAUUCUAGAUCGUUUACUCGCGAAGAAGGAGCCUUUAAAUGAGAUGGAAACAAAUCUAAAAAUGAAACUAAUGUCUGAAAUGCUUUGAUGUAUUAAUGUGGGUUAGAGGUAAUGUCUUUAAAUGAAACUAUAAUGCAUUUGAACUUUACUAACCUUUGUCUUAUUUGAUGUGUCAGGUUUAUCUAAGUAGGCAUGUGAAGGAAGUCACGGGUUGAAGUCACGGGUUGGAGUCACGGGUGGAAGUCACGGGUUCUUCUCCCUCACCUAAUGUAUUAUAAGUAGAAUGUAAUGUAGUCUUUAACUUUCUAUCUCGGAGAGGUGUUUUCCUUUAGCCUCUAAACUUGUUUCAUGUUAUUCAAAACUUGUGUUUGUCGGUAAUGUUGUAAUAUUUCAAGGAAGGCAGGAAUCAUUGUUCAAACCUUCUGUAUCUCGGUAAGGUUGUAAUAUGUAUGAAAUGCUUUGUGUCCUCUUGUUCUUACGUUUAACUCAUUGAUGUUGUGUUCAACUCACUAAAAUAUAAGCUCAUGAACUUUUUUGUAUUAAUGUUUAGCUCAUGAACUUUUUUGAAUUAAGCGACUUGAGUAAAAACAUGGCUUAAUAUUUCAAGGUGACAUCAAGACGGAGAAAUUGGGAUUUAUCAUAUCACAAGGUUAGCAAAAGAUCAAACAUAUCAGAAGCAUAUCACAAGGUUAGCAAAUAAGACAAAAGAUCAAACAUAUCACAAGGAAUUUUUAACCAAAUAAGACAAAGGGUAUUAGAAAAAAAUUUAAAAUGAAAUGAUACCAAAAUGAAAUUUGGUAAUACGAUGAUUUGAAAAUGAUAAACUAGAUUAUUAGAAAUUUAAAAUGAAAUGAUACCAAAAAUUUUUUGGUAAUAAGAUGAUUUUAAAAUGAAAAAUUAGAUGAUUAGAAAUAGCAAACAUAUAUGAAAUAAUACCAUAUAUGUAAAAAAAUUUUACAUAUAUAACCAAGAAAAUUUGGUAAUAAGAUGAUUUGAAAAUGAUAAACUAGAUUAUUAGAAAAGAGAAUUUUAAGCUAAACUAAAUUUGGUAAUAAAAUGAUAAAAUGAUAACUUUUUUGUUUUUAAAAUGAUAUAAAAACUAAACUUAAUAUUUUAUUUUUAAAAGGAGGGAAACCUAAAAUGUCAUCAUCAUCAUCAUCCGAUGAAAUCGAUGAGAGAUUGGACGAGGUUGUCGAUGAAAUCGUCGAGGAUGCAUAUAAUGACAUAGUGGAGGCCCAACCGAAUAUGCAAAACACACGGGGUUAUAUUGAACGAGACCGUGAAGGGGGACACACCCGUUUAGUUAAUGACUACUUCAGAGAGAAUGCGACAUACUCGGCACAAUUCAGACGACGUUUCCGCAUGAAUAAGGGUUUAUUCAUGCGUAUUGUCCUUGCCCUCCAGGAGAAGUUUGUAUUCUUUCAACAAAGACCCGAUGCAACCGGGAGGUUAGGUCAUUCUCCGCUACAAAAAUGUACGGCGGCUAUUCGACUGCUUGCUUAUGGUACUGGGGCUGACACGGUAGAUGAAUAUCUCCGACUAGCUGAGACCUCAGCACUUUUGUGUUUACAUAAUUUCACUGACGGAAUUAUACAGUUAUUCGGAGACGAGUAUCUACGAGCACCCACACCGGAUGAUCUUCAACGACUACUCGACAUUGGAGAGAAACGAGGGUUUCCUGGGAUGAUCGGGAGCAUCGACUGUAUGCAUUGGGAGUGGAAAAAUUGCCCGACCGCUUGGAAAGGACAGUACGCCCGUGGAUCAGGAAAACCGACAAUUGUCUUAGAGGCUGUAGCUUCCCAAGAUCUUUGGAUCUGGCACGCGUUUUUUGGACCUCCAGGUACCUUAAACGAUAUUAAUGUCCUCGAUCGAUCUCCUCUUUUUGAUGACAUUUUAGAAGGUCGAGCUCCGCGGGUAAAGUACAUGGUCAACGGACACAUGUAUAAGUUGGCGUACUACCUCACAGACGGUAUAUAUCCAAAAUGGUCAACCUUUAUCCAAUCCAUCUCACUCCCUCAAUCACCAAAACAAGAGUUAUUUGCUAAACAUCAAGAAGCAACCCGAAAAGAUGUGGAGCGGGCUUUUGGAGUAUUACAAGCGCGAUUUGCGAUUGUGAGAAACCCGGCUCUUACGUUGGACAAAGCAAAGAUAGGGAAGAUUAUGAGAGCGUGUAUCAUACUACACAACAUGAUAGUCGAAGAUGAACGGGAUGGAUACAUUCGUUAUGAUAUAUCUGAAUUUGAAGAAGGUGACGUCAUGAGAAGUUCACAGGUGGAAACCGAGAUUCCUACAAUUCUCAAUAAUAUUUUUCCCAGUCGGAAUGAUGUUCGAGAUAGGAGAAUACAUGACCAUCUGAAAAAUGAUUUAGUCGAGCAUAUUUGGAACAAAUUUGGUGACGAGGAUUAAAAAUCAUUCUAUCUUUAUGUUUAAUUUGUGUUUCUUUAAAAAAUUCCUUGGUUAUGUUUAAUUAUAGUAUCUUAAUGUUUAAUUAAUGUAUCUUUAUGUUUAAUUUGUGUUUCUUGAUUUCUUUAUUUUUAUUGUUUUCAUUUUUAAUUGUUAUAUUUAUAUGUUUAAUUAUUAUUUUUAAAGUUUAUUUCUAGUAGUUGAUGUUAAGUUAUUCUAUUUAAUCAUUCAAUAUAUAAAAAUUAUAUUUCACUAAACAAUAAAAAAAAAUAUUUUUUUUAUUCCUAAGGAUUUCAACUUCGGGUUCACCAUUGUACACACAUUUUUCACAAGAGUCCUUAACUAUUCAAAAAAAAAAAAAAAAAAAAAAAAGGGAUAUUUUAUUCCUAAGGACUCCACAAUGGGUAUCACCAUUGUGGAUGCUCUUAUAUAUAGUUUGUUGUAUAAUAGAUUUAGGAAAGUAUAUGUGAAGCCGUGUAUAAAUAUAAAAGUUGGUAUAUACAUGAAUGUGUGUAAGUAGACAAGAUGUGUUUGUAGGUAUGUUAUGAUGUGAAAUAAGAUGGGCCCAAUGAGAAUGAGACUGUUGCUUUAAGAGGGGAAUCAUAAUAGUGACCUUUUGUGAUGACAAGAACCACACGUGCUCAUUCCUUCUACCAAAGGACUGCACUCACUUCGUUGCACCUUUUAACUCCAAUUAUUCCAGAAGCCACUUUGUUUUUGUUUUCGAAUCAGAUUUUAUAGAUCGGAACUCGAAGUAUUGAAUCAUGCAUGUUUUCAAGUCGGUUUUAUCAUAUGUACAUUGGUCAUUGUAUUGGUGAUGGGAAAAAUCAAAUGUGAACAGUUUAAGUCCUAGCAAAACUCAGAAAUAUAGUCUCGGGCAAUCAGCUGUAGUUGCACAUUUUUCACCUGUUUUCUUUGUAAACCUCGUAGAAAAGCAAGGAUGAGUGUUGUGAACACAUAUUUCAAAUGUUCACUAUGCUCCUCUAUUUUGAAAGAUAUGUCUUUCUUUCGUAAUGAGUAAUAAUAACAACAGUUUGGAAGAUUGAAACCAGCUUUCCAAAAAAAAAGAAGAUUGAAAACCAGCUUUCAAAGAAAAAAAAAUGGCCUGGAAGAGAACUUGCAUCAACAUGACUGAUAGGUUUCCUCGUCAUAUAAAUAUAUAUGUACAUAUAUAGAAUUUUAUCUAUUUGUUAAUUUAGUAGUAGUUUCUAGAUUUUGCUUUUAAAUGUUAUUAUAAAGGUAGAAAUUCUUAUUUUAGAGAUAAAAAUAGAGAUGAAUUAAAGUGAUUUUGCCUCUAAAUGUUAUUACAGAGGUAGAAAUAGAGGUGAGUUGAAGAUGAUUUUAGAGUAUUUCCAACUCAUUGCUAUUUUGACCUCUAUAACUGUAUUUAGAGGCAAAAUUGCUCCAACACACUUCUAUUUCUUUCUUUAUAACAAAGAUCUUAAUUUUUUUACUAUUUAUAAAAAAAGAAAUAACAUUUUUCUACUUUUACUUUAUGUUUAGAAAUUGCUAUUUUAGAAAAACUCUAUUAUAGAGUCAUACAUAAAAGCAAAUCUACCUUUAUAAUAAAGAUUCUCUAUUUUAGAGAAAAUAUAAAGAUGUAAAUAGAAGUGGGUUGAAGAUGGUGUUACGUACCCGUUCAAUUAGUCUAUUUGCUAUUUUCUAGAUACCUAAGUAAUCUAUUUCUUUUAUAACUAAUUAAUUUGAGAAAAAUAAGUUUUACGUUUUACAACUACUCACUAUAUAUAUAUAUAUAUGUGUGUGUGUGUUAGAUAGGAUAUGAUGAUAUGAAUUAUGAACAAUAUAUUUAAGAUAGCAACACUUGUUGAAUUCUGACUCAUCAGUUUUUUGUAAUAUUCAAACAAAAUUUUCAUACUCCUUUACUUUCGAUUAUAACUACAAUAACCAUUUAACUUUCUUUAACUGUGUUACUUUGAAUGAUAAAAAGAGACAACAUUUUACUUUCUUGGUCAACAAAUUAUAUUUUUUAGAGAAUACAUAAUAUGAGCAUAUCACCCAUUCACUCUUUUCGUAUCCUUUCUUCAAACUUGUUAAUUAUGAAUUUUCAGCUUUUGUUUUUCCUUUCCGCUUCUUUCUAUAACUUUUUUUUCUGAUCAUGCUAUUUUUUCUUUUAAAGUUAUUUUAAUAUUCUUAUUAUGUUUUACGUAACCAUGUAAAUCUUACCGUGCAAAAAACGAUAACUCAGCCUUUUAGAACAGUCUUUUGGUUAAUCUUUUUUACCUGUUCAUAUCUCUUUUCACAGAGUAAAUAACAGACAUAAUAAAAUAAUGUUGUAGAAAGGUUAUAAACAACAAAACUCACUAACAUUGCUUAUUAGUGGAGAAGCUGAGCUUUUGCAAUCUGUGAUCCUUUAUUUAGAAAUGUUUACUUUAAUGAAAUUAAUGGGCCUUUGUGUUUAUUGGUUCAUGAUACGUGUGAUGAAAGGUGUAAAUUAAAGGGUCAAAUAUUCCUUCCGUAUUUCCAGGACUUGGGUUUCUCGCUUCAUUGUUUAAUCUCUAAACAUGCCCACAUUCAGAAAUACGAUAGUUCACAAGAUUUUGACGCAAGCUCUCAAAACGCGAGAUUAUUUUUUAUUGACAAAUAUAUUACCCGUCAGUUUAUUUGCUAAUACAUUUAGACAUGAUCGCUCAGUUUGGAUUUGAUUAUAAAAUUUUAUUUUAUUUUGGUUUGGUUAUGGUUUUUGUUUUUUCGGUUCAAGAAAUAUAAAACUAUUUAGUUAUUUACGAAUUUAGAUUUUGUUUCGAUUUGAUUAAUUUUUUUUUCAGAUUGAUCUGGAUAACAAUGUUAGAAACUUGAAAAAUUUAGAGUUCAAUUCGGUUAUCGUUUCGUUCCUGAUAAUUUCAAAUAAUUCGACUAAAAUCACAUUUUUAGAUAUUUUGAAUAAAAAUCAGAUAAUUUAAAAUAAUUUAAAAGCAUUCAGGUUAUUCAGUUCUGUCAGGAAAUUAAGAUAACCUUUAUUUUCUAUAUGAUAUAUAUUUAUUUUAUAUAUUUUUAGUAUUGUAUAGAUAUAACUAUAUGAUAGUCAAAAUUGAUUUAUUUAACCCGUUUCACAUUAGUUUUAGUUUCAUGAUUAAUGAUCCAAAAUUGAAAAUAGGAUCCCUUCCAUCUAUGGCUCUAUGAAGUGUAAUCUUGGUGUUAAUGUGCUCAAUGGCAUAAAGAUCUUGCUAUUAAAGGUCUUCUUGAAUUGGUUUCUCCUUAAUUUCGAUCAAAGUGAAGAGAUUUUUCUGUAUAUGUUAUAUUUUAAAUUUUUAAAAACGACUAUAAAUUACUAAAACUGUUAAAAGUCUCACAUUCAAAUUUUGUGAUCCAUGGUUUAAAAUUUUUUUUAUGACAAAAUACAAAUGAUUACAAAAUCAUAUAAGUAAAAAGUCUUAUUUAAUUAAUUAUUAAGAUUAAAAGUGUAUAUAUAUAUGUAUAUACAUCGUUUUAAAUUAAACUAUAUACCAUAUAAAAUACAUAAAAAGUUUAUUUUGAAAUUUACUUUGAACAAUUUUUUUGAUAAAAUCUUUGAGAAAACAUUAACAACUUAAUGUUUUAAAAAAUUUUAAAAAAUAUUAAAACUAUUAAUCCCAAAAUGAAAUUUUGUUAUUAGUAAUUUAAAGUUUUUGAUGUAAAUUAUUCAAAUGAUAAAAAAAUCAUAUGUGUAAAAAGCAUAAUCUAAUACAUUAAUAUUAAAAAUAUACUAUGUAUGUUAAUAUCAUUUAAAUUUAAUUAUAUAUCAUAUCAAAUAAAAAAAAACUAUUGUUUGGAUUAAUAAAAUUGAUUUAUAUGUUCACACCAAUUUAAUUAUAUUUAUAGCAGUUACUAAUUUUUAAUUAUUCAAUAUAUAUUUAUUAUUUUAUAAUAUAUAAAAAUAUAUAAUACAUAAAAUAAUUUUUAUAUGUAAUGUUCAUACUGUGCAAGACGCAGAUCUUAAUCUAAUCUAGUAUUAUAUUGUAUAAUUUGUUUUAAUAAUCUACCUAGAAGCAAGUUGGAUCCAACUUUGUGUUUUUGUUUUAAUAGUAUUGAUUGAUGUAUACUAGUUGAACCGGUCCUAGUAAUUACAUGGUUAAAAUGCCUAUAUAUUAAUUGAUUCCAAGAGAUUUGUUCCCCCCCCCCCCCCCCCGUCGUUCAAAAAAAAAAAAGGAACAUGCAUCUCUUAUACCAUUACUUCCACCACUACACUAAUUUGAACUGUCUGUCCAGUUGAAGCCAGUAAUAUAGAUAAUAAUUUGGUGGCCAGAAGCAAAACUUCUUUAGCUUUUUUUUCCAAGACUGGCUCUGAUCACUUUGUAUAAGACUAUCUGAAUAAUGAAUGAUAAUAUUGAUAGUCUAAUAUUUUUCGAAAAUUAAAACAUGCAUGGGUGUAUAUGAAGCUUUAGUCUAUAUUUAAUUAUUUAUUAUAUUUUCAUUUUGACAUAAGUUGCAACUCUCCAUUUUAUUUUCAAAUAAAUUGCUUUAAAUUUGAAAAUCUUGGGGAUAAAAGUUUCCAGUGAAUCCUUUAAUCUGGUUCUCACAAACCCAGUUUUAGAUAAUAUUUUUUCAACAUACCCAAGAUUCGCAUAAUCUUAAAAUGUCUGUUAAAAUUGAUGGUAAAUACUCCCAGCUAAACAAAAGUGCAUAACAACAAGGUCGUUAAAAGAAACACAAUUACGAAUAUGGCUAUUUCUUGGGGCAAAUCAAUAUGACUAUUGGAAAGAAUCAAAGAAGUGAUAUGUUGUUAUUAGAUAGGCUCCCUUGUCUUAACCUAAUAGCCUUUGCUUUAUCCACUAAAAAGGGAGUAAAGACUGAAGAGUCUCACAAGCACUAGUGCCAAGUUAUAUUUUUCCACUAACGGUCACAUUUAAACGCUUUUUUCAGUGAGAUUUCUCUUUGAUGAAUUUUUAAUCAUAAAUUAAGACCUAAUUGCAUUAUUGGUGUUCCUUUUAAUCAAAGCCAGACUCUAAUAUUGACGAGUCUUUUUGACCAAUGGAUCCAUUUAAAGGCCUAAACAUUCUUUAUCAGACUAUCUUGGGCCCAGCUAAUAUUGCAGUGCAUGUGCAUACUUAAAUCAAACGGGUUGUCCAUAAUUUCCCGGUAUUUUAUAAAAUUAUAUAUUCGUUCUGUUUCAUAUUAAGUGUCGUAAAAAAAAUUUCGUUACACAAUAAGUAUUGUUUUCGACUUUCAAUACAAAAUUUAUUAAUUUUAUUGGUUAAAAUAUAGUUAGGUGUAUAGAUAAUUAUGUUUUUAUAUAGGAAAUAUACAAAAUUAAUUGUUUUUUUUAAUUUGAGUGCACAAACCCACAAUGACACUUAAAUUGAAACGUAGGGAGUAUUAAUUUUAUAGUUUUGUAAUUCUGAAUAAUAACCAUAAUUAAUAUUUGAAAAUCAAAAGUCUUGGUAUUAUAUAAUUUUAGAAGAGUUUUGAAAUAUAGUGAUAAUUACAUAAAAUUUAAUUUAAGUUUCCAAAAGUAUUUUUAUGACAUAAUUUACGAUUAAUAAAAAUCUGAGGAUUAUGAAAAAAAUACAUUUUCUAUUUAGCCCAUUAUCUUGUCUACCGCUUUAUUUUAUUCCGAUGCAAAUUUGUUAUGAAGUUUUCAUAAUUUUUUCAAAUCACUUUCUCAUGAAUUUUUGAUUUAGUGUUUAGCAUAAAGGUCAAAAUUGGUUAACCAAACAAAUUCAUCAUUAAUUUAACCACCACACUAUACUAUCUUAUCAUACACUGAUUCCCUUGACCAAUAUUUUUAUUAAAAGUAAUCAUAAUUUAAUUUUAAACAAUAUUUUAUUCUCGUUUAAAAAAAUGAUUACUUUAAUACAUCCUAUUUAAAUUAAGUCUGAUUAACUAACUAUAUCUCAGAAAAUAUUAUCUAUAUAUUUAAAUAACGUGAUAUCAUUAUUUUAGACAUAUAUACUUAAUAUUAAUGUGAGAUUCAAUAGUUUUAUUACAUCAAAACAUGUUUUUAUUUUUAUAUUUUUUUAGAAAUUUGUUAUCGUACAUUGUAAAAUUUAUUAUACCGUAAAAAUGCAUAUCGUUAUUAAUUCUUCUUACAUUCAAUUUAAGUUAAAAUUCAAAUUUAUAGUUAGUUUAUUAUUAAUAUAAGUAAUCAAAUAUAUCAUAUUAAAUAAAUCUUUAAGUGAUUUUACUAUGAUUUGUUAAUAGUAGAUAAAAAUACGAUUCUAAAUUAAUAGAUUAGAUCUUAAUUGGAUGACAA